AUGGACCAGCUUACCGCCAACCCACUCUUCACGGGCGGAAUCGGCCUAAUUCUGCUCACCGGCGCCGCCCAACUCGCCCGAAAAUCCGUCACCACCGCCGCCACUCACCUGCGCCGGCAAAUGCUCGUCACGCUCGAGAUCCCUUCCACAGACCGCUCCUACGACUGGUUCCUGCACUGGAUGAGCACACACCAACAAACCCAGCAGCAGCAGUCUCUCCUCAAUCUUCCCACCCCCGCCCCGCGAACACUCUCAUCACUAAUCUCUCGCCUGCAGCCGCAGCCGCGAAAGCUGGCCGUGGAGACUAAAGUAACGCAACACUCGUCGGGAAGUUUCACUACGGACUUCAGCCUCCUCCCGGGGACGGGGCGGCACCUAAUAAACUACCGCGGGACGUUCCUACGAGUUGAGCGUGAGCGCGACGCAAAGCGUGUGGACCUACAGCGCGGGACGCCGUGGGAGGUGUUGACCAUCACGACGCUGUUUAGUGCGCGGCAUGUGUUUCCCUUGCUGCUGAAGGAGGCGCAGGAGCUCGCAGUGCGGCUGGAGGAGGGGAAGACGAUAAUUUAUACAGCAUGGUCGACAGAGUGGAAGCCAUUUGGCAAGCCGCGGAGGAAGCGGGGGUUGGCUUCGGUGGUGCUGGCGAGGGGAGUGAAGGAGCGGAUUGUGGGGGACGUGAAGAGUUUUCUAAGGAGUGCUCAGUGGUACUAUGAUCGUGGGAUACCAUAUCGGCGUGGGUACCUGCUGUAUGGGCCUCCUGGGACUGGAAAGAGUAGUUUUAUCCAGGCACUGGCUGGGGAACUGGAUUAUAGUAUCUGUCUGCUGAACCUGUCGGAGCGCGGGCUGACGGACGAUCGGUUGAACCACCUUUUGACGAAGCUGCCGGAGCGGUCAAUUGCCCUGUUGGAGGAUGUAGAUGCGGCAUUUGGGAACCGAAGGACGCAGAGUGACGAAGAUGGGUAUCAGGGGGCGAAUGUGACGUUCUCAGGGCUGCUCAAUGCGUUAGAUGGGGUGGCAAGCAGUGAGGAGCGGAUUGUUAUUAUGACGACAAACCAUCCCGAGAGGCUAGAUGAGGCGCUGGUAAGGCCGGGGAGGGUCGAUGUGAGAGCGGAGAUUGGAUAUGCGACUGUGGAGGUCGUGGAGGAGAUGUGGGAGAGGUUCUAUGGGAGGGAUAGUAUUGGGGUGGAGGUACCAGCGGCGAAGACAGUGGCGAUUGGAGAGGCAGAGGCAGAGGCGGAGGUGCAGAUGGAGAAGGGGGAGCUGGAUAUCGAGGAGGAGAUCGAGAGGAGGAAGGCAUGUAAGAAGGAGUUUGUCAAGAGGCUGACAGAGCUCGGUGCGUUCAAAGGCGAGGGGUGGGGCAUCAUUACUGCCGCGCUGCAGGGGCUUUUUGUCUACUUCAAGGGAGACCCAGAGAGAGCUGUCCUGGAGGCCGAGGCGCUGAUACCUCAGGGAGUAAAGGGCGAGAAGAAUUAA